AGCUGGGGACAGUGUCCAAAAUUAGGCACCCUAAAGAUGGCAAAGAAUAAUCUUACUGGCAGUAUACCAGUUGAACUUGGAAACUUAACUCGACUAGAUGUUCUUGAUCUUUCUUCAAAUAAUCUAGUUUGGGAGAUUCCAAAAGAAUUCAGAAAUUUAAAUUCUCUGGAGCGUCUAAUUUUGAAUGGCAAUCAAAUUUCUGGUGGUAUACCUCUGGAAAUUGGAUUACUCACCGAAAUCAAGAGUCUUGAUUUGUCUACAAACAGGUUGGGCAAAUCAAUCCCUGGAACUCUAGGGAACUUGUUGCAAAUGUACAGCUUGAAUUUGAGCAACAACCACUUUACCCAAGAUAUUCCACCUCAGUUGGGGAAGCUAAGUCUACUGACAGAGUUAGAUUUGAGUCAUAACUUCCUCAGUGGAAAGAUACCCUCUGAAAUCUGUGUUUUAGAGGACUUGCAAAAUCUUAAUUUCUCCCACAAUAACCUCUCUGGGUUCAUUCCAAGAGAAUUUGAGAAGAUGCACUUGUUGAGUAUUGACAUAUCUGACAAUCAGUUGCAAGGUCCAAUUCCCAACACAACGGCAUUUCAAGAUGCUACCAUCGAAGAACUACGAGGGAACAAAGAUUUGUGUGGUGAUGUUAGAGGGCUACGACCUUGCAGAACUUCACCUGCAGCAAAAUGUGGCUUGAAAAAGGGUUGGAUAAUCUUUUUACAGUUUUUUUCCCUCUUCUAGGGGCUCUUGUUCUUUCUCUUGUGGUGAUCUGUAUACUCUUUAGUUCCAGAAGAACAAAGAGAGACUCACAAGAUAAAGAAAGUGGGAUGAACAAUGAAGAAUUUCUCUCGAUAUCAACUUUUAAAGGAAGAAAGAUGUAUGAAAAAAUCAUAGCAGCAACCAAGGAUUUUGAUGCCAAUCACUUCAUUGGGAAAGGUGGUUAUGGAAGUGUUUACAAAGCUGAGUUAUCACCAGGGAAUAUUGUAGCAGUUAAGAAAAUCCACUCUAUGUAUACAGGUGAUAUAGCCAAUCAAAAAGAUUUCCUGAGUGAAAUACGGGUAUUGACAGAGAUAAAGCAUCGAAAUAUCGUGAAAUUUUUUGGUUUUUGUUCACAUUCUCGACACUCAUUCUUAGUCUACGAGUAUCUUGAGAGGGGUAGCUUGGCCGCAAUUCUGAGCAAUGAAGCAGGAGCAGUAGUGCUGGAUUGGAGUAAGAGAGUGAACGUCAUAAAAGGUGUGGCUCAUGCCAUGUCUUACAUGCACCAUGAUUGCUUCCCACCAAUUGUCCAUCGCGACAUAUCAAGCAAGAACAUCCUGUUAGAUAUGGAAUAUGUAGCUCAUGUCUCAGAUUUUGGAACUACUAAGCUUCUCAAGCCAGACUCAUCUAAUUGGAAUCAACUUGCAGGCACAUAUGGAUACGUUGCACCAGAGCUUGCUUACACAAUGAAGGUGACCGAGAAAUGUGAUGUGUAUAGCUUUGGGGUGUUGGCAUUGGAAGUCAUCCUAGGGAAGCAUCCCGGAGAUGUUCUCGCCUCUUUUUCAGGUUCAUUUGUAAGCAUGAACAUAGAGCUUAAUGAUAUGUUGGAUCCAAGGCUUCCAUUUCCCUCCCUAGAAGUUCGGAACAAAUUGAUUACCAUCAUGGAUUUGGCCUUUUUAUGCUUAGAUGCAAGUCCACAGUCUAGACCGAUUGUGUCUCAUCUUUUGUACAACUAAAUCUUGUCAUUCUUAAGUUUCUGAAUCUAUUGUUUGUAAGUUUUAUCCUGUUUGUACCAGCUUAGCUAAA